AUGUUUUCUCCACUUUUUUUACCGUACAUCACUGAGUUAGACUAUUUCAGACGACUACAAAGCCAUACGUGGAAUACAAGGAUACUCGUGGAUAACGUCGAUCUGACCGUCGAGCUCAACAGAGAGCAGAGAGGACAGGUAACAGCGAUUCGCUACCCGACCACAAAGAGAAUCGAGACCGUCCCAUCUCCAGUGGACGAUAGUCGGGGCGCUACUUUUGUCUCGCAUAUUAGCCACCACGUUCAACCCCCACCGUCGACUACUACAGCGGUGACAUCAAGGGCAACACCCAUCAGUACUCAACCAUCGACAAGCCCAGAACCACGACAUCGAGUCAUGCCUCCUACCACCGUAUAUCGCACCGUAGAUAUACCGUUUGAUGAAUCCCCAGCUGCAUAUCAGCCAAAGAAGGACGAAAAUGUCCGUACAGUAAUGGUGACGAUGGGCACUCAUCCGGUGCAGAAAGGCCUAGGAUUUACGAUCACGAUUGAACGUGGACGUCCGACUAUCGAUAGCGUCAUAGUGAGCUCACCAGCCGAUCGAGCAGGACUUUUGAUUGGUGAUCGAGUAAUUUCCAUAAAUGGUGAAGAUCUCAAGGACAAAUAUCCGUCGGCAAUCAACCGCAUGCUACAUGAAGCCGCUAGAUUGGGUGAAGCUGAAGUGUGCAUCGAAAGGAAAGAUGCAAAAAUCGCUCAAGUGAAAUCGAUCACUUCGGUGGAGAAUUUCGACAAAGUUCGUUCAGUGUUCACUGAGAAGACGAUCGAUUCGUAUGCAGAAUUCAAGCGGAAACACAGCCGAGGCAUGCUGCUUCUUUUCUGCUUUUCUUUUAUUUUAUGCUUCUAUCUGAUGAGUUUGAACAGCUUUCGUUUCUGA